CCUCUAGCUGUUAGCAUGUUAGCUUGUUAGCUGCGGGUGUUCCUGAGUUUCUGGAUGAAAUGAGAGUCGGAUCCGGGGAGGAACUGCGGACUCUGAAGGAGUGUGGGUACAGUUACCCAGAAGCCACUCUGUCUGACCUCCGGGAGGCUCGCGCUCUGUUCUCUGACCUGAGGCUCUACAGCGACUUCUACUGUUUUCCUAACAAGGAGAAGAAGAAGCUGGUGUUUUUGGCAGGAACUCUUCCUGUUCAGUAUGAAGGAAGUGGGUAUAAUUUCCCAGUGUGCAUCUGGCUGCAUGAGACCCACCCCCUGUCGCCCCCCCGCUGUCUCGUCUGCCCCUCCGUCUCCAUGGUGAUCAACCCAAUGUGCUGCUGCGUGGAUGAAGUUUCCGGAAACAUCCGUCUGCCGGUCCUGAGCAGCUGGACCCAGGGCGUGUCCAGUUUAUCACUGCUGAUGUCAGAGAUGAGGCAGGCCUUCCAGAAGGACACACCCCUUUAUGCCAGGUGUCCUGUACAAGCCCCGCCCCCUGCUGCUGAUGUAAACAGACCCCGCCCCAUCUCUCCACAGAGAACCCGCCUCUUCAUAACCCCCCCUCACCUGUCCGCUCAGAAAGGCAGCCAAUGGGAGCAAAGCAGGAAGUCGUACGCCGAGGAGCUGCAGGGCAUAGACUUCAGCUGCCCCGCCCCCUCAGACCCUCUCAGCAGGGGGCUGGAGGCCCUGAGUCUGGACCCUCAGCAGGUAGACUCACCUGUACGGACCGGCCAAUCAGGAGCAAACAUCCACACCUCCGGAUCUGUAGACCUGCUUCCAGCUGCAGCGGACCACAUCCAGAUGGCAGCAGGUCUUCCUCCGGACCAGAAGAUCACCUUCCUGUCUCUGUUGAAAGAGGGGAGGGGUUUCAGACCAGCUGACGUGUUGGAGGCGGUGCAGCUCAGCCCAGAUUACCCAUCAGCCCUCAGGUUCCUGACUCACUGCUGCCCCCUCUGUCAGGAGCAGGUGACCUUCAGCAAGAUCAUCUCGAUGACUCACUGCUCCUGCUUCCUGUGUGAGUCGUGUUUUAAGGCGUUCUUCUCGUCGGCCAUUAAGGAGAAGAGCAUCGAUCAGCUGACCUGUCCUCAGUGCGGCCGCCCGGAGGUCAGAGGUCAGGGGGGGGGGGAUGGAGUACUUCAACCUGCUGGACACUCAGAUCCGUCACUUCCUCCCUCCUCAGACCCACGAGCUGUUCCAGAGGAAGCUGAGAGAUCGAGCUCUGCAGGAGAUGCCCAACUUCAUCUGGUGUUCACAUUGUUCGUUCGGCAUUCUUCAUGAAGCUGACCGGCUGAAGAUGGACUGUCCGAGCUGUAAGAAGAGCACAUGCUGUCAGUGCAGAUCACCUUGGUCGCCUGAACAUCAGGGUGUGUCCUGUCAGCAGUUCAGAGUCAGGCAGCAUCAGAACCAGCCAGACCUCCAGAACCAGAACCCCCCCCUGCUGGAGUGUCCGGGCUGCAGCAGUGUGUUCAGUGUCUCCAGAGGGGGCUGUCUUCACUUCACCUGCUCCCAGUGUCAGCACCAGUUCUGUGGAGGCUGCAGACAGACCUUCAGCCC